CUAAGUUUUGCCGACAUUUUUGUUACAGGAUGUGGACUGGGACUCCUUAUGAUCUCGACAUCCAUCUACAUUGUGUCGUACUUUGAAAAAUACAGAAGUUUCGCCACAGGAAUUCAGUACUUAGGAAGUUCACUCUCCGGCAUCAUCGGUCCAUCUAUGCUUUCCAAACUAGCCGCCACGUACGGGCUAGGAGGCACAAUGCUUUUGGCUGGUGGUGUGACAUUGAAUCUUCUUCCCUUGACGCUCUCACUUCGAAAUCCACGACCCGUUGAGUGGCGUCGUUGCAGACGCUCGAAGAAAAACGGCCAAGUGAAAGCUACUCUGGCCAAUGCAUGCGUGGAACACGUCGAAGAAACACUUUUGCAUGGUACUACUGAGCGUCGCAAUGCUCCCGUCGGUAGCGUCGAGGUUGAAGUUGAAGAUCUCAAGGAAGCAAUGACCGAAACCGCAACAACUGUAGCUCAAGAUUCUCGAUAUCCACAGCAAGUGGGUGGCUUGCAAAUGUCGUACGCUCCAGAGGAACGCAAAGAGAGAUUUGGUGUGAUAUCGCAAGUCUUACACGUCCUCCGGACACCAACGUUCUAUGUAAUAUUAGUGCCCAUCGUCGCUGCGGAUAUCACGCUUCCUAUACUCGCUUUUACGAUUGUGGACUACGCCGGAGACAAAGGGGUGUCACUGGACGUCGCCGCAAUCCUCGUGAGCUGCCAGUGCGCGGGCGGCUUUUGUGGACGCCUGGUGAUACCGCUCAUAUCAGACACGACGCCGCGCGGACGGUGCGUGAUCGGUUCCUGCUGUUUCGUGCUAAUAUCAUUGUGUUUCCUGCUCAUGCCGCAUAUCGCCAGCUUUGCUGCCGUAGCCACGGUCACUUUCCUUGCUGGCGCCCAGCAGGGUUACCUGGCAACCAUCAAGACAGUGCUCGUCGCGGACUACUUGGGUGUUCAGAAGGUGGCAGUGUGUUGGGGUAUCAUGGGCUUGCUCUCCAUGCCCCUGAUAUUUUUCCAGCCCUCCAUUAUAGGUGCGUUCCGCGACACGCAAGGCUCGUACGACAAUCUGUACACGUCAUGUGGGGCAGUGGAUUUGGUCGCUGCACUUCUGCUUGGCCUGCAGGUCUGUCUAGACUCAACGAAAAUGAGAAAUAAAGAACCUACCGAAUAAGGCACCCGGCCAAAAUGG